GGUCUAGGGCCAGCCCUUAUUCCUGGCCCCUGUAUCCCCUUACUCCAUCCCCUCUGCCCCAUGGCCACCAUCUGCCAUGGAUGAGGGAGGGUCACCAGUGCUGGGGCAAAGCAGGGCCUGCUCCCAGGCUUUGAUGCCUACCCAUCACAGAAGGGGAGGGGCUCCUUAAGGAGGUCCUUUCAGGGUCUUCCUCCUCCAAGGGCUGGCCUGGAUGCCACUUUGGGCCCCAGUAAGGUACUGAGUGCUCAUUCUGGUCAGGUGCUGGUGCCAAGGGUGGGUGAUCAUGAAUGCCCUCACAUGCUCAGCCCAGGCCUCCAUCAAAGUUAGAGGGGUGCGGGGCGAAAUCUGGAUCUGUGAUAAAAGGUCGCCUGCCAUUUACUGAGCACUUAUAAUAUGCCUGGCUGCACUGGUUGUGUCACGUGUUUGAUCAGGUAGGCUUUAUUAUUAUCCCCAUUUUACAGAUGAGGAAACAGAGGAGCUGAGUGGGAAAGAUGAAGCUGAUCCAGAUUUGUACCCAGAGCCCCUCACUACCUCUCCUGACUAGGGUGACCGGACUCUGCCAUCGAGGACCCAUGCAGGCACUGUGGUCACAACUGAUGACCAGAAGGGCGAGGACAGGGUGUCCCUGGGAGAGGCCCCCCUUCUGCUGAGGAAGCAGCUUUUCCAGUCAAACAAUAGUGGCUGUUCCUGGCAGGCCACCAAGCUGGGCCAGGCCAUGGGGGAGGGGGGAGAGAGAGGAGUAGAGCCUCCCUGGGAGCUUUUAGGCAUUGCAGGGCCUCAGCCUGGAACAUCUUGUUCUGGUACAGCUGGGGAUACUGAGGCCUGAGGAGGUCAAGUGUCGCAUGAACCUGUCAGAGCAAGCGAUCCACAUCCUACCUCCUACCCCUCACCCCUGUGGCUCCCUACCCCAUCUGCACCUGCCAUCAACGAGAUGAGGGGUUCAGAGGACACUCCCCUCCCCCUGGCCCUCCAGGGGACUGGCCAGGAUGUGGUGGCUUCAGUGUUCCACUGGGAUCCACCAUGCCGGAGAGUCCAGCGGGAAAGGUGCUGCCCCACUUUCAUUUGCCUACAGUAGAGGCCCCCGAGCAGGCAGGAGGCCUGCUCAGGCCUGCUGGAGCCCAAUCAGACCUGAGGCCUGCUUUAACCUGUUUGGUUCAAAGCCUCGCAUCUGAGGCCUGCAGACGCUCAGGCCAGACAAGGGCCCCUGGAGCGUGUUCCAUCCUGCUAGGAGCCAGCCUAGGUGUGCUGGUGCCUCCUCAGCACUGGGGUUUUCAUAGACCUGAGGAGGCCAGCCCUAAUGUUGAAAUGAGCCCAAGUUGGCACUAUCAAGCCUCAGAUCUGGGGUGUCUGCCAGUGCUGGGGGGGCCUGCUUGGGCAUGAAGCAAGUUUAGAUGUGCUCAGGCCACGUAAGUUCUGCUAAUGACUGCAGGCUUAAGUCUCUGCUGAGAGUUGAGUACCCAGUGAGCCCCAGAUGCAUAGCCCUGUUCCCCCAAAGUUUGAGUUUUGGGCAAGUGUUAGGCCUGGCCACCCUCAGCUCCCUACCCCACAGCAUACUGCUCAGAGGUGGCUGGAGCCCUCCCUUUUCUGAAAGUUGGGUGAGAGGAACAGAUGUGGGGGCCACCAAGUCCAGGUUAGGUUUCACCUUGUCAGUCCACUAACAGGGUUCACAAAGCACGGAGGGGUACGUAUCAACACCAGUCCUGGACAGCCCUUGCUGGGGGUCUUUUGUCUCCGCCACCCCAGCCAGCUCUGGUGGCCCUGCACCAUGCUGAGCCAUGAGAGGAAGGAGGGGGAAAGACGCCAGGACACUGUUGGCUGAGAACCACAGGGUCGCCUGGGCUGCACAGUGGACCCCACCCCUCCAUGUUCCACGGAUUUGGGGGCAGCGUUCUGUCCCAGCCCAGCCCCGGUUCGUCUUGUGGCCCUCCAAGGCUCAGUGAAAUUAAUCAUAAGAUGCGGGCCCAAGGACAGAAAUGACCCCAAGCAUCCGCUGGCUCCGGACCCCACCGCAGCGGGCGUCCAACGGAAAGGGCGGAGCCCGGAGAGGGGGCGAGGCACGGGCUGGGCCUAGAGGACUCGACGCGGGUGGGGUCAGAGGGUGAUUCCCGAGCCACUGACGAGGGGGAGGAGGCAGCAGGGGCGGAGUUCGGCGGGCUGGAAGGAGAGGAGUGUGGCUCCGGCGUUAGAAGGAGGCGUGGCCACCCUGGAUUGGCCGCCCGUCCCGCACGGCGUGGCCGUCAGGGAGCUGGCGUAGGUGGCGGCGUGGACUCGGCCGCCCACCGGCUCCUUUAAGCCCCCCGGCACCGCCCCCACCGACCCGCCCCCAGCACGGCCUGGGCCAGGUUGGCAGCGGGGUCGGCUCCGUGCGGGCAGCGAUGGAGCUGCACAUCCUAGAGCACCGGGUGCGGGUGCUGAGCCUCGCCCGCCCCGGUCUCUGGCUCUACACCCACCCGCUCAUCAAGCUGCUCUUCCUGCCCCGCCGAAGCCGGUGCAAGUUCUUCAGCCUGACGGAGACCCCCGAGGAUUACACGCUCAUGGUGGACGAGGAGGGCUUCAAAGAGCUGCCCCCAUCUGAGUUCCUGCAAGUGGCUGAGGCCACGUGGCUGGUGCUGAACGUAUCAUCCCACAGUGGCGCAGCAGUGCAGGCUGCUGGGGUCACCAAGAUCGCCCGCUCAGUAAUUGCACCGCUGGCCGAGCACCACGUGUCGGUGCUGAUGCUGUCCACCUACCAGACAGACUUCAUCCUGGUGCGAGAGCAGGACCUGUCCGUGGUGAUGCACACGCUGGCCCAGGAGUUCGACAUUUAUCGAGAGGUGGGCGGGGAGCCUGUGCCCGUUGCCAGGGAUGAUUCCAGCAACGGCUUUCCCCGUGCCCAGCAUGGGCCCAGCCCCACGGUCCAUCCCAUCCAGAGCCCAGAGAACCGUUUCUGUGUCCUCACGCUGGACCCUGAGACGCUGCCAGCCAUCGCCACCACCCUCAUUGAUGUCCUCUUCUAUUCACACAGUCCCCCUAAGGAGGCAGCCUCCGGUGGUCCUGGAUCCAGCUCCAUCACCUUCUUUGCUUUCUCCCUCAUUGAGGGCUACAUCUCCAUUGUCAUGGAUGCUGAAACGCAGAAAAAGUUCCCCAGUGACCUGCUGCUGACCAGCUCCUCAGGGGAGCUGUGGAGGAUGGUGCGCAUCGGCGGACAGCCCCUGGGCUUUGAUGAGUGUGGGAUUGUGGCCCAGAUCGCAGGUCCCCUGGCUGCGGCCGACAUCUCCGCCUACUACAUCAGUACCUUCAACUUUGACCAUGCCCUGGUUCCUGAGGAUGGCAUUGGCAGUGUCAUCAAGGUCCUCCAGCAUCGGCAGGAGGGUCUGGGCUCCUGAGGCCCUGAGGGGAACAGCAGCCUCCAGGCUCUCCCCUUGUCCUCAAGCUUCCAGAGACUUCUCAAAGCUUUUUACUCAAGCUCUGGGAUGUUCCUGUCGGGGGACUCCUCCUUCCGCUCUGUGUAUGUAAGCUGCGUGCAGACACUGGCUCUCACGUGGACACGCGUGUCUGCCCAUCGCAGGGGAACACCGUGCUCAGGGCUUCCUCCAGGAAGCCCCUCAACCCAUCACUCCCUGCGGGGCCUCGGCAUUUGCACAUUCCCUGCCUGAGGCCAGAGCCUUCCCCCUCUCAGCGCCCUGGGUGGGCCAGCUGCUCCCCAGAAGGCCUGAUCUCCCUUCUGCCUCUGGCUCUGUUGCCUUUCCUGGCCAAGUGGAUUCUGACAGUGCCUUCCCUUCCUGGGGCCUCCAAAAAAAGUAUUUUUACAUCUCUAUCUCUCUUCUUUUUUAAUCAACUUGUUAAUAAAGAGCUUGUAGUGAG